UUGCUGUCGCUGGUCAUCUUCCUUCAUCAUUCCACAAAAAUUGUUUAAUACAUUCAUUAUUUGAGACUUGGAUCUUACUUGUUGAAAAUAUGAUUGAAUGUUGUAAUCCAAAGAUUUAUGGAAGAGUCAGGUAGCGAAACACAACUACGUUGUCCUUGUGGAUUCUGGGGGUCAUCAAAAACAUUAGGUCUCUGUUCUGUGUGCUAUCGGAAAGCACACAGAGGUCAGACUCAAGGUACAUCACAUUCUUUUGAUGCAGGAAAAGCUGCUGUUGGAAACUGUCAGCCCCAAAGCAGCCAAAGAAGGAUGGAUUCUAAACCUUUUCCAUCACGCUCUACAACUGACAAUUUAGCUACUUCUUUGGCUUCAACUCCAGGUGAAAGAUCUUCUUUAUCAACUGCAUCAUCGUCUGCAUUAGACACAUCUACCCCACCAACCAGUGGUGCCAAUACUACUAGUGGGCAUAUUCCCUCAGUUUUGAAUGCUGGAGCAGAUAUAGGUCAGCCGGGAACCUCUAAAUCUCAGUCUUGUGAAACAUUAACUGAUCCCACCGAAACUGACAGCUGCAGCUCUGCAUCAAGUGACCAGACAUACGAUAAUCAACAUGAUCCUGGUCUUUGUACUUCUGACGCUAGUGUAAAUUCUGUGGUUAGCAGUAUUGCUGCUACUUUUUCAUCCUCAUCUUCUCUUGUUAGUGCUGGAGAUCACAAAGCAAUUAACACUCAAUCUACAGGAAACCAGGUACUAAUUGGUGGAAUUCAAAAUGUUGCUAAUGACACAAAAUCUUCCUCUUCUAACACAAGUCCUAGUAAGGACAUGUUAACUGUAAUGCAUAGCGGUGUUGUUGCUUCCAGCAAACUUUAUGCAGAAAAGGUAGAAAGUCAAAAUGACAAUUCGCUAACUCAUGGAAAACAAUCCCAAACAUCCAAUAACCUAUCUUCCAUUGGAAGUGGAAUUUUUGAGAAAGUACCAGUUGAAACUGAUGGAUCUUGCACCACAUCCCGGGGGAUUAAAAGAACUAAAGAUGAAAUGGAAGCUUCAGAUGAGACAUUAUCACCUCAAAAGAACAAGAAAAGAUGCUUUAGUUGUAAAUGUAAGCUAGAGCUUGCUCAACGUACAAUUGGUCGUUGUAGAUGUGACCGAGUAUUUUGUGCACUUCAUCGACUUCCAGAACUACAUGAUUGUGAAUUUAACCAUAAAGAAGAUGGGCGCAGAGAAGCUAGGGAAAAAAUGAUUAAGCCCACUAGACAUCUUGGACCGUCUUAUCGUAGAGAGGAUCACUCAUGAUAUUUAAGUAUGCAGCCAGAAUGUUUUGUUUACUAAAUAAAUUCAUUAUGUUUUUAGAGUGAUGUUUUAUGAGGUUAACACUAAUUAAGCCAUGGCAUUAUCAGUUUUUGUUUACCAUCAACAUUAUCUAUGGUAUGCUUCAGGAAGAAAAGUUUAAAAUGGUCCUUUUUUUUUUUUAAGACGUUGCUUUAGGUUGCAAGUGCUAAUUUUAUUCAUUGUUUGGUGGAUGACAAUAGUGAAUAAAUGUGGAAUUUACAUCGUUUUGACAACCGAAAUAUUUUAGUUGUUCUUCAAAAUCAAGUUAUAAUUUAAGUAAUUUUAAAAUUAUAAUUCAUAUAAUUGAAGUUUAAAUAAGUUUUAAAAUGUAAUUCUUAGUGCACUUACAUAUAAGAACAGAGCUAGUUUUUAUACUGGUUGGUCUAAAAACAGUGGUAUUUUAUUAGCCACCUUGAAGGAAUACAUUUUGUUGUUAUUUUUUUUUUAAUUGUGAUAUUUAUAAUUAAAUAGUAUAUUAGCUCAUUAUAUAUGGCUAUAUUUUAAAAUUCUUAUAAAUUUAAACCAUGUAACACUGCAAUUUAUUUAAAAAUAAGACCUCACCAGAACAUUGCCACUUUUUUCAUGGGCACAAGCAAAUAUAUUAAUUUAUUGAAUAUCAUUGAUCGGUUGCAAUUAGUGUAUAGCAGAGGUUAGCAAAUGAUUGAUCUAGACAAUCUAGUAACCUUUAUGAUUGCAUGUUCUAUUUGGAAAAUUGUCUGUCUUUUCUAUAAAAAGUGUGAGAGAGCAACUGUUUUGGGUGAACUGAAGUCAGGUUUUCUGGAUUCGUUAACCUCUGAGAUAUACAGCUGUUUGUUUUUUGCCAUAUCAUUGCUUUUGGGGAAAUAAGCAUGUACCUACCCCCAUGCUGUGUUAAUAAAGUGUAAAUGGUUGCCUGUAUAGGGGUGUGAAAGAUUUGAUUUUUACUUUGACUGCAGUUAUACUCAUCCAUCAAAUGACACUGACUGAUUUGUUUACAUAGUUCAUUUAAAAUUUGAGGUUUCACAAUUAAAUUGCUACUAUCAUCAAUCUCUGACUUUUAAUGUGCUAAAGAUAACUACUUUUUACACAUAAAAAUUGUGUUGUAGUUUGUUACAGAGAUAAAGCAAAUCAUUGUCCAUUUUAAAAAUGCCGUUCAGGUCAUUUUCAUGUUGAGAAUGCUGAUUGUUGGUUACAAACUUACUGCUUUCAGAAUUUUAUUUGUAGCACCUCGUAGUUUUUUUUAUUGCAUUUUCGUUUUUCCAAUCAGUUCACAUUUUUAUAGCAGGCAAAAUAUGGACAAAAUACAAAAUUAGUUAUAAAGCAGCAGUAAAAAUUUUGUACAAGCUUAUGCUGAAGACAAAUUAUUCUUUUAUGUUUUGCAAGCUAGAUAGCUCAUAGUUUAAUUUAAUUACCACUCCUGAGAGAGCAGCUUUGUUGAGUCACAAAAUACCUAUAUUGGUUUUGUUAUUUUUAUUAUUAAUUUGAGCAUCUUUUUAAAAUAAACUAACUGGAUUUUGUAAAUCUAAUUUGUAAAAUUUGAAGUGUCUAAUUAAUUUUUUAGUUGCUUCUUUUUGCUAGGAUUUUAGUUUUUCUUCGCACACCAGGAUUACUAUUUAAGAUAAUAAUUGUUCUGUGUUGCUCAUGAUCAAGAUUAUCUAGCUAAAUUAUUUAGCAUGCUUUCAGCACCUUAGUCAAUUAUAAAAAAACAAUAAAUUGAGGUGAAUUAUGCAACAAGUAUGCAAAGAAAACUAUAACAUAAUAAUAUAAUGAUAAUCUUCAUACUUUGUACAGUCUUUGUUGUUAGCAGACUGUUCUAAUAUAAAAAUUUGCUUGUUUAUUAUUUUGUAACACCUGGUCAUACAUCCUUAAUCACAAGGACAGUUUCACCAUGUAGAAUAUAAGAUUUGUCUUCCCCAUUCCCAGCUAUGUAUGUACUUGUACAUUAGGUGUUUUUAUCAGUUUUUCUAUCACUCUUAUCUUAGUACUGAGAUUCUUUUUAAAAUGGUCAUAGAGUUACAGAACUGAUAUCUUUCUUUUUGAAAUCUUGUAAAAUAAGUCAUCUUUUUGCUUGGUAAAAUGUCAAAUCUUUCUAAAUCUGUAUGCCAUGUUUAUCCUGAUAACACCUUUAUUACUCAUGUGUUCAGAUAAUCUGUGGGUUACUGGUAAAGUGGUACACAGAAACUUAAGUGUAGUAAAAAUACAGUUGUGAAAAGCUAUACCCUAAAAGAGCUAUAGGGUUAGCAUAGACAAUUUUAGGAAAAAAUGUCAGUCUUUAGCUUUGCCCUUAAAUAUCAUUUGUGCUGCAGUCUUUAAACAUUAUAAUUGUGAUACUAUAAAACAUUGCUGUAUUAAUGGCAUGUUAUAGAUUCUAACAGUCAUUGUAAAUGAUUUAUUUAUAUUAUUUUGAGAGAAUGCUGGUUGUGGCUGAUUUCCCAUAUUGACAUAUUUUAUGAAAGCUCUAUUUGCCAUUCUUAAAGUAUAAGAUUUAAAGCAUAGGAGUCCUUUUUAAAACUUUGUUUUAGAUUCAUUAAUUUUCAAGAAAUCAUGCACGCUCAACAUUAUUUUCAUUACCUCCAUUUUAAUAACUAUGAAUACAAAUUGUACAUAAUGUAGUAAGAAGUGAAUAAAGCCAUACACACUAAC